UGACGGGGAGAGUCAUGCAGUGGGGAUUGGUCACAUGACCCGAGUCUUGUGACUGGCCGCACACAUUACAGGGAGGAGGACACCUGACAGUGUGUAGUGACCGGCAGACGAGGGAUCACCUGGCCGGACUCAGCAUGGAUAACAAGCCGCUCCUAGAGGACCGACCUCCCGCCUACAGCCCGGCUGUACCAGGGAGCUACGACUAUGGGCAGCAAGCCAACUAUGGAACUAUUCCGGGAGCCCCCCAGACCGCAGCCCAGACUCCAUACCAACCUCCUGCCUACCCCUACCACACAGGAACCGGAUACAUGGCAGCCGCACAAACAAGCUACCCCAACACUUACACUAUAAUCCAACAGCCAGCAGCGAUGACCUCUGUGGUGGUGGUUGGAGGUUGUCCGGCAUGCAGAGUUGGUGUAUUGGAAGACUCCUUUACCUGCCUGGGUAUCUUCUGCGCCAUCUUUUUUUUCCCAAUUGGGAUCCUGUUCUGUCUUGCCUUAAGGCAGCGAAGAUGCCCCAACUGUGGUGCCACGUUUGGUUAAGAAGACAAACCGAGGCAGCGUUCCUUAUCCUCCACUUCUUCUUAAUCUCCUCUCAGUGCACAAUCCUUCUCUGUAAAUGAAAUCGCAUCUUUGUAUCCGGGUGUAUGAUCAGUCUAUAUAGGUGGGGGCAACGACUCUGUGCCAUAGAGACACAUGGAAGAAGAACCCUUCCAGACACCAGUGCCUUCAGAGACUCUACCAAUAUCCCAUCCCAACCCUUGGCUGAUGUCAUGGAAAUAGGUUCCCUUUGCUCGUGUUCACCUAGUUGUGUGUCCAUUUGUGUUUAUGCCUUUCUUCUGUCUUUGAAAAACUGUAAUUUUUAUAGUAAAAUUAUACAGCACUGUGAAACAAGUUUGUCCUCAUUAAGAUGAACAAAUGGUCUAUUAUGCAGCUGCAUCCUUUUUAUUUCUUAUGUGUUUGAAAAUGUACAGAUCUAAAAAUGUUCCCAUGAUCCUCCUGUUUUGGCCAAUCCUUUUUUAUGUACCUCUGUAGCCUAAGAAAGCAGCUUAUUGAUUUAAUAAGAGCCAGUAACAAUAUUGCUGAACCAAAAGAUCUUUUAGUAUAAUAAAAUGCCUAUCUUUGUAGAAUACAGGA